UGGUUCUGUUUCUGUGAAACACAACAUGUAGUUUGUUUUUACUGAGGAAUAGUGGGUCAGGGACUUUAAAGACGAGGUCUUUUUGUUUUCCUUUCUAUCACUUGAGAGAUUAAAAUAUGCAGACACCAAAAGCAAGAACUGGUACUUCGGAAGUGCCACAAAGGAAAUCUCCUUCAACUCCUCGAACUGCUCGCCAGUUGAAGACUCCAAACUCUGAUUCUGACUCGGUCUCCUCUUCUCCAAACCCUGCGAAAAAGGCUCCAAAAGAUAGGAGCCCAAAGGUCAUUGAACGCAGGUCACCACAAAGUCCAAUACCUGAGAAGAAGCGACCCAGUAAGGUCCAGGAAUUGGAAUCUCAGAUUAGUCGUCUUCAAGAAGAUCUGAAGCAUGCUAAGGAUCAACUUAACUCAUCUGAGUCAUGGAAGAGAAAAGCUCAGCAGGAGGCUGAAGAGGCAAAGAAGGAGCUUUUAACCAUGUCAAAAGAGCUGGAGGAAUCCCAUCAACAGCUUUUGGACCUUUCUGCUUCUGAAGAAGCACGGCUUCAAGAGCUCCGCAAAAUUUCUCAAGACCGAGAUCGCGCGUGGCAAUCUGAACUAGAGGCUGUCCAGAAGCAGCACACAAUGGAUUCAGCUGCUUUGAUAUCUGCUAUGAAUGAAAUACAGAAAUUGAAAAUUCAACUUGAAAGAUUAUGCGAGUCUGGAGCUUCUCAGACUAACAAUGCAGUAUCAGCUCAUGCUGAGGUUCAGGAAUUGAAGAUGGAGCUCGAUAAAACUCUCUCUAUGGUAGAAAAGCUAAAAAAUGAUGUAAGUGAUUGCAAAGAAUCUGAAUCCAGGGCCUUGGAAGUAGUUGGUAAAAUGCAAAUGCAAUUGGAAGCAGCCAAUCAAACUGUGGAAACUCUUCGGUCAGAUAGCAUAAAAGCCACAGAAGCCUACAAAUCUUUAGCUUUAGAGUUGGAGCAAUCAAGAACUAAAGCAAAAUCAUUGGAGGGACUCGUGAGUCAACUUCAGGCUGAUUUGCUUAGCAGCACAAACAAAAGCACAUCAGAUCCAACCAAUGAAAAUGGAUUUUCUCAGGAAAAUGGAGAGAAUGAGGAAGUAAACCAGCUCAAAGCUGAGCUUAUCUCUGCAAAAACUGAAGUGGGACAGUUGAAGUCUGCAUUGGAUAUGGCUGAGGUAAGAUACCAAGAAGAGUAUAUCCAGAGCACGUUGCAAAUUAGAAGCGCUUUUGAACAACUGGAACAUACAAAAUCCGAAUCUGGCCAGAGAGAGGUUGAAUUAUGUGAGGAAUUAAGGAAAGCUAAAGCCGAGACUGAAGAGCUAAGAGCAAGCCUUACGAACAAGGAAGCACAGUUGGUGAGCAUGUCAGAAGAGAACAAGGAACUCAAUUCCGGGAUUAAGGAAAACCAAUCUACUAAUAGGGAAUCUGAACUCACGAUAGAGCUCAAAAAAUUGGAUGCUGACAUUGCAGACUUGAAGGCAAAGUUAUCCGAUAGAGAGGUAGAGAUGCAAAAUAUAACAGCAGAAAACAGUAUGCUCAAGAUGGAAAUAAAGGAAGAGUUGGAGAAGAAUAAAAUCACCAAGGAGGCUGCUGCUUCAGCCGAAGCAGCAAGGGCCGCAGAGCAAGAGGCUUUGACUAAACUGGGCUACGCCACAGAAGAAGCCGACAAAAGUAACAAAAGAGUGGCCCGGGUGACGGAGCAAUUAGAUGCUGCUCAGGCUGCAAAUUCUGAGUUGGAGGCUGAAUUAAGGAGAUUGAAAGUUCAGUCAGAUCAGUGGAGAAAAGCAGCUGAAGCAGCUGCCUCUAUACUUUCCACAGGAAACAAUGGAAAAUUUGUAGAGAGAAGUGGCUCACUUGACAAUAGCUUCAAUUCUAUUAGUGGCAAGAUGAAUUCGCCUUAUUUAGGAGAGACAGAUGAUGAGUCACCAAAGAAGAAAAAUACAAACAUGUUGAAGAAGAUUGGAGUGUUAUGGAGGAAGAACCACCAUUAAGUAGAUGUGUCACAGUUAUUGGUAUCAUUGCA